GACGUUUCUGCAAAGUCACAGGAAUAACAGGAAUGGAGUUUGUGGAGCAGCGGAGAGUUUUGCCCUGCGCCCAGAGCAGAGGUCUCUCUUUUUGGGUUUCGCUUCCGAUGGGUGGACAGUUUUCAUACGCCCGUUGCCCUGAAUCCCCCACCGAGAUGCCGAAGGAGCCCUCAAGUCCGAAAUGGAAGUUAUGGGCCACCGCCUGCGGUUUGGCUCUCAUCAUCUUGGUCCUAUUCACCUUCCUGGUUUUAUACGUGCAGCUAAGGGUUGAAUGCGAAUCGCAGCUAUGGAACCAUACCUCCUCCGCUGAGAGCAGAAUGAGAGAAAGCGAUGAGUUUCGGUCUCAACUGGCAGCUGUCCAUCAGAGCCUUGCAAACACCACAAAGCAUUGGGCCUCCUGCCAAGAAGAACUGAAACAUUCGAGGGAAAACACAUCUGUGCUGGCAGACAACGUCCAAAAGAAGGAGGAAGCGCUCAAACGUCUGGAUGCUGUCAAUCAGAGCCUUGCAAACACCACAAAGCAUUGGGCCUCCUGCCAAGAAGAACUGAAACAUUCGAGGGAAAACACAUCUGUGCUCGAAGACAAGGUCCAAAAGAAGGAGGAAGCGCUCAAACGUCUGGAUGCUGUCCAUCAGAGCCUUGCAAACACCACAAAGCACUGGGCCUCCUGCCAAGAAGAACUGAAACAUUCGAGGGAAAACACAUCUGUGCUGGAAGACAACGUCCAAAAGAAGGAGGAAGCGCUCAAACGUCUGGAUGGGGAAAAAAACCGUCUCCAGGAUCAGUUGAAAAGCACCCAGGAAAAAUUCAAGCGGGAACGAGAGGAAAAAGAUAAAACAAUCCAGCGCUUGAAGGAUCAGCUCAACACACGACAGACGUCUUCCGGCGCAGUCCUUUUCGGGGGCCCCAUCUCUUCCUCCCUCCUACUCAUAGUGCCCGGACUCCUCUGCAGUCUCCUGUAGUUCCUCUGGUCUUUGCGCUUGGAAGCACCCGAAGAAAACUUCCUUCUGCCAUGCAUUUCGGUUAAGCUGUGGGGGGAUUUCAGCAGUCCUUAAAGGAGCUUGCCCUCUCUUGCUCUGGGCCUCUCUUACCUCCUUGCAGGAAGUGGGAAACUCUUGUUUGCAACAGAAAAUAAAGAUCUUUGCUUUCACGGGA